AUGUCUUCCCGCGCACGAUCUUCCACUGCUGGUCCCAGCGGCUCCGUCAUCGAGCUUCCCGACUAUGAGCCUCCGAACCACCCGCUCAAUGUCUCUGGCCAGCGCGCCCUCUACAACCUGCUCGCCCAGCAGUACCAACCGAGACUCCAGCAGCACCUCCGCGACGCCGCCCAGCAGCUCACCGACUCCGCCUUCGAGACUAACGAUCGCCUAUGCUAUCUAAAGGGGGCCACGAGGAAGCGCAAGGAAAGGCAUCCCGAGCCAGACGAGCAUGACCAGAGCCGCGAAGAGCACUUGCAAGUCUUCCAGCGGGACGUCGACACCAUGACAAAGCGGAUUGAGGAGCAAAUCCGGAAGACGAUCGAUGGACAAGAGACCGUGAAGACUUUGGAAGAGACGCUGCGCCACGUGAAGCAACAGGCAGCCAACAACGCCACGGCGUCGCAACGCGUGACGCAAACACAGCGGCAUCGCGACGACGACGACGCUUCCGAAUUCGACCCCACGCUACCGGGUACCGCGCAAGUCGUCAUUCCCAGCUCCCUCUUCAAGCAGCGUGUCCAAUCCGAGCGCGCUCAUUAUCAGGCCCUCUCUCUCGCUACGCGCUACGCGCAUCACAACGAUUACAAGAGCUUCAAGCGACAUGUGCACGAGGCAUCAUACCCUGAGGAGACUGCACCCCCGAUGCCGCCGGAGCACACGUGGUUUCCCAGCGCGGGGCCGCCGGCACCUGGAACGGCGCUCGAUGCGGCAGGCGAUGACUCGGAUGACGAUAUCGCGAUUGCGAUGGAGCGGAUUAGCACGAAGUGCCCGCUGACGCUGCAGGAGUUCCGCGAACCCGUCAUGAGCACGAAGUGCCCGCACACAUUUGAGAAGGCGGCGAUUUUGGACAUGAUCCAGCGGAGUGGGCCGAGGGGCAGAGGGCCACGCGCCGCUCCGUGUCCGGUUUCGGGAUGCAGCGAGAUUCUCACCGAACGUGACCUCAACUCCGAUGGCGUCCUAGUUCUCAAAAUCCGACGCAUACAAAAGCGCAAAGCGGAAGCGGCAUACGAAGACGACGACGAUGACGAGGGCGGCACCUCACGACGCAACAAUCGCGCCCAGUCAAUCGACUCGGACUCAGGCGCCGAGGACAUCGACGCAAUUGAGCGCCGCCAGCGCAUCGCCGAGAGCCAGGCCUAUACGCAAAGGAUCAAAGCCGAGAGGGUUACGGCUACGCCGUUUGCUGGUGGGAUGGAUGGCGCAGCGGAUAUGUCUACGGUAAGCCAGGUUGUGGAUUUAGGAAGUGAAGAGGAUAGUGAGGAUGAGUAA